UCUAUAUUCUACAUUCCAUAUUCUAUAUAUAAUAAUUCAAUAUGGAAAGCAAGUUUAUCCUAUUUACCUGUAUAUGUACAAUAUUUUGCAUCCAAUGUAAAAUUACAGCAGUUAAUGCCAUGGUCGGACUAAAUGUUAGACCGGUAGAACCAAGAGAAUUUUCAUAUGUCGUGUCGCUUGUUCAACGAUAUCCAGAAUCUUUUAUAUCUACGCAUAAUUACAUUUGUACUGCAGCGCUCAUUACAAGAAGCCAUGUAUUAAGUGCGGCACAUUGUAUCGCAAAUAGAUUGAAGAGUCAAUCUGCAAUUCUCAUAGGAUCGACUAGAUUGAGUCACUGCAGAGUCUAUGGCAUAUUAUGGUGGAUAGAUUAUAAUACCUGGGGUGCAUAUAGUCGAAUAUAUGUUCGAUUUGAGUCGAAUGAUAUUUGUAUUAUAAAACUCGAUCGUGAAACAGACAAUGAUAUUGUACCAGGGGUUCUUUCACCCUUACACAAUCAGGAUCUCUUUGGACAAAAUGGUAUAAUAGCGGGAUGGGGAAGAACCAAUAACGGAGAAAUACCUAAUAAUAUGUUAAAAGCUACUUUAAAAUUCUUAACGUUGGAUGAAUGUAUAGGAAAGAUAGAAAUAAUAGAGGGACGCAGAGUUCCUAUCCAUAAUAGACAUUUGUGUACUGAUGCAUUUCCCUUUAUAUUACUACACGAAGGGGACAGUGGUGGACCAGUUGUGUUUAAUAAUAUGAUUGUUGGUGUAAAUAUAGCAACCUGUCCAUUACCACAUAUACUAAUACAUCCGGGAAAAGUCAACCUUCAUUUAGGUAUUGACUAUUACAGAACUUUUAUUGCAGCCGUUACAUCAAAUAAUUUUACGUGGCAAUGAAUGGUUAUUACA